GCAGGGGAUCCUAUCCCGUGAUUUUCACUAGUUCAUCAACGAUAAGUUUUCUUCAUUUCAGCCAUCCACAACCACUCUCUUCCUCCCCCCCUCUCUUUAUCUCGCUCUAAACCAAAAACACAAAAGAGCAAACCAAGCUCCGGCCCUCGCCCAGCGAGUAUGGCAGCUUAUGCCGCUCUUGCUCAAACUACAACUCUUGAUACAAAUCAUGCCAUAUCUCACUUCUCUAUCGCUGCAAAGGAAAAAAUUAGAUCCAUCCACGAGUAUGCAAUCAUCUUGCUUACCUUCCUCGAGGAUUAUCCACAGAAGGCCAACCGUUGGGAAGGCAAGUUGAGGGACGUUGCUCAUGACACCGAAGAAUUUAUGGGUGGCAUUGGUAAGACCACUCUGGCUAGAACAGUUUAUGACGAUCCAUUAAUCAUGUAUCAUUUUGAUUUUCGUGUUUGGCUUACAAUAUCACAAGAUUACAAUGCAUGGAAAGUUCUGUUAGGGCUUGUAGAUUCGAUGAAAUUAAUAGUAGAACAAAUGUCUACAAUUGAGAUGGAUGAUGUUUCAAUUCUGAAAGAGAGAGUGUAUAAAACCUUGAAGAGUAGGAGGUAUCUCGUGGUAAUGGAUGAUGUGUGGAGCACAAAGGCUUGGGAUGAUGUAAGGAAUGUAUUUCCGAAUGAUGGUAAUGGAAGUCGAAUCAUGUUAACAACAAGGCUAGCGGAUCUAGCAGUUUAUCCUAGUCCUGCUAGUGCUCCUCAUGAGAUGAGAUUCCUGAAUGAUUCUCAAAGUUGGGAUUUGCUUAAGGGAAAGGUGUUUGCAAACAGCAAUUUCCCACCUGAACUGGAAGAUGUUGGGAAAAAGAUUGCGAGAAGUUGUGGAGGACUACCCCUUGCUGUUGUCUUGGUUGCUGGAUUCCUGUCUGAAGUUAAUAAGAUUCCAUCUUCUUGGGAGGAAAUUUCUGAAAAUGUGAAUCCAAUUGUUGGUCAAGAGUUGGAGGGGAUACUAUCUUUGAGUUAUGCGCACUUGCCUCAUCAUUUAAAGCCGUGUUUUCUUUUUAUGGCAGUGUUUCCUGAAGAUGAAAUUAUUCGUGCUUCAAGGCUUAUUAGAUUAUGGUUAGCUGAGGGCCUCUUGAAGCAUCAAAGUCGAUGCAGUAAAGGCUUAGAAGAGGAGGCAGAGGAGUAUUUGGAGGAUCUAGUCAAGAGAAAUCUUGUAAUUGUGUCUGGUAUAAAGAGUGAUGGGAAAAUCAAGUGUUGCAGCCUCCAUAUUGUAUGACGCUAUGAUUUUGGUUGACAUAAUUGUUUGGAGCUUCAUCCUUGUUGGAGCACUCAAUCUUUAUAAGCUUCAUCCUCUUGGAUUUCUUUAUUAGUAAUUGUACUUUUUUCCAUUUGGAACUCCC